AGUCGUCCAUGUUGACAACAACAGAGAGAGAUUUCUCCGUGCCGCAGACAAACUUAAUUCGAAGAUAUUUCUCGGUCUUCGUUUCUGGGAGACAACAAACACAACAAGAAUGGCGAGCAAUUCAAAUGAGGACGAUAACAACGACGACGAAAGUACCAGCACGGUGAACACCGACGACUCGGAAUUUUCCGAGUUUAUUACUAGCCAGUGGAAAGACAGCGUCGAAAUCGGUUUGGUGAUCACCUAUCCCCUACCAUCGACCGAGUAUUUGCUGGAAUGCGAGGGGAUCGAUGUCGUCGGCGAUUCCUGUGAAGUUGAUAGCGACGAUUGCGGUGUUUCAAGCGAACAACAGCAAAUAGAACUCACGCCCACAACCAACUCGCUACCCCCGCUCACACUGUCAACGUCUCUUGGGGAGAACUCCAUCGCCCCCCUCUUCGACGGAACCCAGUGGGCCGGAACACGGGUUUGGAAAGCAGCGGUCCUCGGACUAGAGUAUCUCGUUCGAGAAAGAAAGAAGCGGCAGCAACAGAUAAAACCAGGAGCGAAACAACACCGAUCCUUCUCGUCGCUUCUGGAACUCGGCUGCGGGCUGGGGGUUCCGGGAAUGGUGUGGAAGCAGCUCCUGGACUUCGAGCACUCCCAACAGCAGCAGCAGCAGCAACAACAACCAUCCAAGUCGUCGCGCCGCAGGGUGGUGCUAACGGAUCGCGAGUCUCUGGUGUCCCAGCUCCGAGAAAACGUUGGGGCGAACUUUGCCGACGAUUCCAUCGAAGCCAGGGCACUGGAUUGGUCCAGGGAGGGCAUUGCCGAAUUGCUCCGGCACGAGCGAGACCUGCUGGCAGCUUCGUCUGCAAACGCGAACGCGAACGCCACCGGACCGGAACCGGAACCCCCGGUGCCCUUCGAUGUCUGCCUGAACUGCGACUGCGUGUACGAGCCCCUCUACGGGAGGGAGGCCUGGGAAUCGCUGGCGGACGUGCUCAUCGAGCUCGCCGUCCAGAGCCCGGAAACCCUCCUGGUGACGGCCCUCGAGCGGCGCAACAAGGACAACGUCGAGGGUUUUCUGGAAAAGCUGACCGCCUCGGGGACGGUGGCCCCCAUCGAGCGGGUGGUGAGACACGACGCCGAUCCGCAUCACGUCAUCGAGAUAUACGUCACCACGGGGAUAAAAGGGAGAUGAGGCAAGAACAAACCGAGGACAAGAGAGAAUUGAAACGAGCGGGUGACGGAAACAGCUGCAAAGAGACCGGCCAAAUGAACGAACGUAGAUAACGAACAAGAUAAACAAGGAAGUAAUAG